UGCUCCCGCCCCCGGCUUCGCCUCCCGCUGCCGCCUCCACCGCUGCCGCCGCUGCCGCUACCGCCGCUUCCCGCGGCCUGGGCUUCCCGCCGCCAGCAUGCCGCACGCCUUCAAGCCCGGGGACUUGGUGUUUGCCAAGAUGAAGGGCUACCCGCACUGGCCGGCCCGGAUUGAUGACAUCGCUGAUGGUGCUGUGAAGCCCCCACCCAACAAGUACCCCAUCUUCUUCUUUGGUACACACGAAACAGCCUUCCUGGGACCCAAAGACCUAUUUCCCUACGACAAGUGGAAAGAUAAGUACGGGAAACCCAACAAGAGGAAAGGCUUCAAUGAGGGACUGUGGGAGAUCCAGAACAAUCCCCACGCCAGUUACACUGCCUCUCUGCCGGUGAGUUCUUCUGACAGUGAGGCCCCUGAAGCUGACACAGCAGGCAGGAGUGAGGACGACGAGGACAGGGGAGUCAUGACUGUUACAGCCGUGACUGCUGCAGCUGCCAGCGACAGGAUGGAGAGUGAUUCGGACUCAGACAAGAGCAGUGACAACAGCAGUCUGAAGCGAAAAGCAUCAACCUUGAAGAUGUCAGUCUCAAAACGAGCCCGGAAGGCCUCCAGUGACCUGGAUCAGGCUAGUGUGUCCCCAUCUGAGGAGGAGAACUCUGAAAGCUCAUCUGAGUCAGAGAAGACCAGUGACCAGGAUUUCACCCCUGAGAAGAAAGCCAUGGUUCGGGUGCCACGGCGGGGUCCCCUGGCAGGACGGAAGAAAAAGGUAGAGAAGCCGCCAUCGGCCUCUGACUCAGACUCCAAACCGGAAUCUGAAGGGGUCAAAGGUGAGCCAGUGGCCGUGGCCAGGUCAGCCUCUUCCUCCUCUUUGGCCUCCUCGUCCUCCUCCUCAGACUCCGACGUGUCAGUAAAGAAACCUCCCAGGAGCAGGAAGCCAGCUGAGAAGCCUCCCCCAAAACCCCGCGGGCGGAAACCGAAGCCUGAACGGCCCCCGAGCAGCUCAAGCAGUGACAGCGACAGUGAGGAGGUAGACCGAAUCAGCGAGUGGAAGCGCCGUGAUGAAGAACGGCGACGUGAGCUGGAGGCCCGGCGGCGCCGGGAGCAGGAGGAAGAGCUGCGGCGGCUACGGGAGCAGGAGAAGGAAGAGAAGGAGCGGAGGCGUGAACGGGCUGAGCGUGGGGAAGCCCUGCAAGGGGGCAGUGGGGGAAGCAGCGGCGAUGAGGUCAGGGAUGAGGAAGAGCCCGUCAGGAAGCAGCGUGGCCGGAAGGGUCGGGGACGGGGGCCCCAGUCCUCCUCUGACUCGGAGCCGGAGGCUGAGCUGGAGAGAGAGGUGAAGAAAUCAGCCAAGAAGUUGCAGCCACAAAGCACAGAGCCUGUGAAGAGACCCAGCCAGAAGGAGAAGAAAGGGCGCCCUGAGGAGAAGCCCCGAUCCAGGCCCGUGAAGGUGGAACGAACCCGGAAGCGGUCAGAGGGGUUCCCACCCGACAGGAAGGUUGAGAAGAAGAAAGAACCUUCCGUGGAGGAGAAGCUUCAGAAACUGCACAGCGAGAUCAAGUUCGCCCUCAAGGUCGAUAAUCCGGAUGUGAAGAGGUGUUUGAACGCACUAGAGGAGCUUGGGACCCUGCAGGUGACCUCACAUAUCCUCCAGAAGAACACUGAUGUGGUGGCCACGUUGAAAAAGAUUCGCCGUUACAAGGCCAACAAGGAGGUGAUGGAGAAGGCUGCGGAAGUCUACACCCGGCUCAAGUCUCGGGUCCUGGGACCAAAGAUUGAAGCCAUUCAGAAGGCAACCAGGACUGGAGAGAAGGAGCCGGCUGAGGCAGAGAAGCCUGAGGAGGCUCCGGUUGGAGAGGAGGCCCCGUCGGAGAGGGCGGAGGAUGAGGCCAGUGCUGAUCUCUCAGCCUCAGUGAAUGGUGAGGCCACAUCCCAGAAGGGUGGGAGCAUGGAGGACAAGGAACAGGAGGAAGGACAGAACUCGGAAGAGGGGCCGGUGGGGGGCUCCUCUGAAGACUUGUUACACAAUGACAGCGCGAGGGAGGGCCCCGACCUGGACGGGCCUGGGAAGGACCGGCAGGAGCGCCAGAGGGCGCACGUGGACUCUGAGUCCCUGGACGACGAGGACAGCUGAGCCCCGGGCAGCCCGGCGGCCAGGCCCCGCCUGACAUGUAGAUGCCCAUAGGCCUGCCCCACUCCUUCCCGGCCGCCCAGGGAGCAGAGAACUGUUGGGGAGAUGCUGUGCUCUUCAUUUGUAUUUGUCCCUCGGGGGUUUUUUUCUGCCCAAUUUCUGUGAUUUCCAACCAACAUGAAAUGACUAUAAAGGGUUUUUUUAAUGAAAAAAAUCACUUUUAUUGGCUUGGUUUUCUAGUGUUACUGGUGCAGCUGGGCUAGAAUGGGGAGAGGUCUGUAGCUGUCAAGGGCCCUAUUGGGGACAAAGGGUUUAAGCCAUAGUGUCACCCUAUACAGUGAAUGUGAGCUUGGUUUUAAUGGUGUUCCUGGCCCGGCAGGCCUGAUGGUGAAGAAAUGGGGUGGGUGCAAGGCCUUUCCAAAACUAAUAAAGG